AACCAACAGAGAAACAGGCCGAGGAGAAGCUCAAAGAAAAAGCAAAGAAGAAACCAAAGUUAUUUAAUAAGUUUGAUAAAACCAUUAAAGCAGAAAUCGACGCUGCAGAAAAACUUCGGAAGAAGGGGAAACUGGAUGAGGCGCUGAAAGCGUUUGAGGCUCUGGUGCAGAAGCAUCCUCAGAGCCCCCGCUCCCGCUACGGCAAGGCUCAGGCCGAGGACUACCUUGCGGAGAAGCAGCGCAGUAAUGACCUGCUGCAGAAAGCCAUCAACACGUACAGAGAGGCUGCAGAGCUGCCCGACGUGACCUCUGACCUCCUGAGGGCUGCGCUCAAGAGACGCGCCGAGAGGCAGCAGUUCCUCG